AAUUAUUUGUUUUUAAAUAAUAAAAACAAUAAUAAUGAGGAGCGGUUGACGAUGAAAGGCUAGUGAAGGAGGUCAUCCUUCUUCCUCUUCUGGGCUUCCCUCCUCUGUAAACAAUGGCCUUGCAAACGUGCUAUUCACUCUCACACAUCAAUCUCUUCAAACCCACAUUCUCUUCGCCCACAACCCUCUUCUCAAAUUCACUGCCCAAACCUUUUGUGUAUCAGAGAUUCAGCGAACCUCAAAGAGAAACACUCCCAUCAAUUUGUUUGAGCAAGAGGGAGCUUGGCCUCUCUGCUUUAUCACUUUUCUUGCAUGGGUUUUUGCCAAAUUUGCCUAGCGCAAUUUCAGCUGAAAAAUUGGAGCUCGAGAGGUACACUGAUUCCAAGGAGGGUUUUACCCUCCUCAGGCCCUCCUCUUGGAUUAAGGUUGAUAAAGCAGGGGCAACUGUUCUGUUUGAAGAAGAAAACAAGGGGAGUAACAAUGUUGGGGUUGUGGUGAACCCAGUUCGUCUUAAGACCCUUGGAGAGUUUGGCAGUCCUCAAUUCGUUGCUGAUAAACUUAUACAAGCCGAAAGGCGCAAGGAAAGUACAAAAGAGGCUGAGGUGAUUGGAGUCACUGAGAGAUUAGGUCAGGGAGGCUUGCAAGUGUAUGAGUUUGAAUACAAGGUUGAUAGCACUAGAGGAGGGAUGAAGAAGAUAUUUUCAGCAGCAUUUGUUGCCUCGAAGAAGCUUUACAUCCUAAAUAUUUCUCACUCAGACAAACCAGAAAGUCCACUUGACACCCAUACAAGAUCAGUGUUGGAGCAAGUUCUUCAUUCAUUUGACUCGGCACCAGUAAUAUAAUAUGAAAACCAAUUCUUCUAUUGCAAUGAUCAUUUCUAUCAUUCUGCUUGACACAUCAAAGCCUAAAUACCAUAUGAAUGCAACUCAUUUGUUUUGUGCCAAUCCAUACUGAAGCAAGGAUAUAAGAAGGUUGCUGGUGAAGAUCCACUUUGCUCCAUUAGUGAUUAUCCAUAUGAGGGUCUGAAUCACGACAAGAAAUCAUUUUGCAAGGCCUAAUCAUCCUUUCGAGUUAGGUGAAUAGCAUGAUCAGGAGCCUCAACAACUCUCAGUUUGUAUACAUCUUUUUUAUUUUUUCAAUAUAAAUUCUGAAGAAGUUUCAUGAUUAUGCUCUUCAGCAGAUGCUUGCAUGCUGCUUCUAAGUUGAACAAUGUAAAGCUAGGUUUACAGGCAUUUAUUUCUCCUUCCAAAUACCAAAGCAUUGUGAUUUUUCAUAUUGACAUUGCAUUUGUUUUAGUUGAGAUUAUUAUCAACUCGCAAUAUCCAGAUA